AUGGCUGAACUCGAGCGUCUCAACAUCUCCUGCAACCUGACACGCACGCCGGCGCCGCUGCGCCCUUCGUGCGAUCCGCCACCGACCCUCCUCGCCGCGCUGGUGGUAUUCCAGAUUGUUCCUAACAGUGUGAUGUCUUGGUCUUUUAACAGAUCUGGUGAGGCUGCUGGUAUCCUUCAGAAGAUGGUGGAUGGUUUUGGGACAAUACUUCUCAGCGCAGAUGACGUCGAAGAAUCCACAAUUCAUCUAGCAAACAGACAUCUCGUUGAAGCUCUGGAAUCAGCACAUGCCAUCGGAUGCACGGCUGAUUUUCUCUCUCAGAUGCUUGACGGCUGGGGCUGUAAGCUGGAGGGGGAUGCGCGAAGGAUAUGGCAGGGUGAAAAGUGUAGAGAAUACAUUUUCCUGUUCAGCAAUGCAUAUGAUGUUUUGCUGAUUAUGCGUGGUCGAGGAGCAACCUUUUCAAACGUAGAACUAGAGAGUAGGCUCAGUGCGAUGUUCCGUCGAUACAAGACCAGCUACUUGGAUGAGUGCUGGGCGCCUCUGAUGAACUACCUAGACCGUUUGGAUAAGUUUAGUGAUGAAUUUUGUAUCAUCUGCAGACGUCAGAUGACACUGAAGGUUAAUGCUAACCUCAGGUACAAGCUACGGAAAGAGAUUGUGGGUUUGAUUGUUCCACAGUACCAGGUUUCAUUCUUGGCCCAGAGGAAGAAUCAGAGUCGCCUCUCACGGGUGCUACAUUGCCGAAAGCGAGUCAUGGCAGGAAAACAAAAGAUGUGCACUGCCGAGGAAUUGGAAAUGGUGAUAAAUGAUUUGUUUGAAGGAUGA